CGGUGUCCUGUGAGGUCUGUGAGAGUCAGGCAAAGGGUGCUGAGCCCCAGGUGUCCUGCACAGGUUUGCCCGAUGUCAGGACCACCGCCUGGCCAAGGAUUUGAGGCGGGCUGGAGUAGUGCAGACUGAAUGUGACCCCUGUCAUCUCUCCUGAGUACCUCGCUUUCCUUUUCCAUUAAAAUGGACGCAAACCUGCUUCGCCUACCUCCUUGUAUGUUUCGAAAGGCAGAGAAUACAUAUUUAUGAUUCAGUGAAUGAAAAUGAAAACCUGAUACAAGACUGGAUUUUGCCACUUGAAAAAUGGAAAUUAAAUGUAGAAAAACAUCUUAAUUAUUGCACAGAUACAUGUGAGUUCUCAGCAAUCGAUGUGUAGAUGAACUUCAGUGAAAUGACUCUUCAGGAAUUGGUACAUCAGGCUGCUUCCCUUUAUUUGGACAAAACAGCUGUAUCCUUUGAUGAAUGUAACAACCAGCCUCCAGUUUAUUAUACUUACAAGACUGUGAUCAAUGCUGCUUCAGAAUUAUCACAUUUUCUGAGAUUACACUGUGACUUUCAAGGAAUUCGGGAAAUCGGUCUCUACUGCCAACCUGGGAUAAACUUACCUUCUUGGAUUUUAGGAAUACUCCAAGUUCCUGCUGCAUAUGCUCCUAUUGAUCCAGAUUCACCACCAUCAUUAUCAACACAUUUUAUGAAAAAAUGUAAUCUAAAGUAUAUUCUUGUUGAAAAAAAGCAACUUAAUAAAUUCAGAUCUUCCCAUGAAAUGUUACUGAAUUAUGAUACACUUACAGUAGAACAUAAUGGCCUAGUAUUUGUCAGACUGCACUGGAAAAAUGUUGAGGUGAACUUGAAGCUGAGUGAUGGAAAAGAGAAAAACGAAAGAGAAAACCCUGUGAGUUCUGAGAACAGCAAUGAAGAGAAAGAACACAUGGACGUAAGGCGUAAGGAUUGCUUGGCAUAUGUUCUCCAUACCUCAGGGACCACAGGGACACCAAAGAUUGUCAGAGUGCCGCAUGCAUGUGUGCUACCAAAUGUUCAGCAUUUUCAGGAACUUUUUGACAUUACACCAGAAGAUGUUUUAUUUCUGGCUGCACCUCUGACCUUUGACCCUUCUGUUGUGGAAAUAUUUGUUGCUUUAUCAAGUGGUGCCUCUCUGCUUAUUGUACCAACUUCUGUCAAGGUGCUCCCAUCAAAACUAGCUCCUGUUCUCUUUACCCAUCACAGAGUGACAGUUUUGCAGGCAACACCAACAUUGCUUAGAAGAUUUGGGUCUCAGCUUGUCAAGUCCACUGUUUUAUCAGCCAGUACUUCUCUUCGAGUGUUAGCCCUUGGUGGAGAACCAUUCCCAUCACUGACUGUACUCAAAAGCUGGAUAGGAAAAGGAAAUAAAACGCAAAUAUUUAAUAUUUAUGGUAUCACAGAGGUAUCAAGUUGGGCAACGUUUUACAGGAUUCCUGAGAAGAUUCUUAACUCUACUUUGAAAUGUGAAUUGCCUGUGCAACUGGGAUUUCCACUGCUUGGAACUGUGGUUGAAGUCAGAGAUACAAAUGGCUUCACAAUUCAAGAAGGCAAUGGCCAAGUAUUUUUAGGUGGCAAAAACAGAGUGUGUUUUCUUGAUGAUGAAGUGACAGUACCCCUUGGCACAAUGCGAGCCACAGGAGACUUUGUGACUGUGAAAGGUGGAGAGAUAUUUUUUCUGGGACGGAAGGACAAUCAGAUCAAACGUCACGGCAAACGUCUUAAUAUUGAACUUGUUCAACAGGUUGCUGAAGAACUUCAGCAAGUAGAAUCUUGUGCAGUUACAUGGUAUAAUCAGGAAAAAUUAAUUCUGUUCAUAGUGUCCAAAGAUGAUGUAGUAAAAGAUCACAUCUUUAAAGAACUGCAGCAACGUCUUCCAAAUCAUGCUAUCCCAGAUGACCUUGUGUUGAUUGAUACCCUGCCAUUUACAUCUCAUGGCAAAGUUAAUGCCUCUGAGUUAAACAAGAUAUAUUUAGACUAUGUAAACUUGAAGACAGAGAAUAAGUUUGAUGGAAAAAAGGAUCUUUGGGAAAAAUUACAGUGUUUGUGGAAGUCUAUUCUGAGUCUCCCAGAAGAUCUAUUGAAGGUUCCUGAUGAGUCACUUUUCUUAAAUAGUGGUGGAGAUUCCCUAAAGUCCAUACGGCUUCUCAGUGAGAUUGAACAACUUGUUGGUACACCAGUACCUGGCCUUUUGGAAAUUAUCCUCAGAAGUUCCAUUUUAGAGAUUUACAAUUACAUCCUUCAAACGGUGUUUGCAGUGGAAGACCUGACAUUCACCAAGACUUAUGCCACCAAAAGGAAACUCAGUGACACUGAUGAAGAGGAAACCAGCAGAAAAUCUUUACAUCAGAAGUCUGCCUGCCCUUUCAGUUACAAAGAGAUAAAUGCUUUUAUUGCGCUCAGCAGAGGGAGUCAGGUUUUGUCUGUGAAUACUACAACAUUUUUAAGUGAGUUAGGACAUUAUUCUUUAGCCUGUUCUCCUGAUUUAAUUUCACAGACUAACAUUAAAGAUUUGAAAAGCUUAAAUCCUCCACCUGUCAUUGGGAAGUCAAAAGAUCCAAACUGUGUUAAAAAAGUUUUUGAAGAAGGGAACCCUGUUACAAAGGCUGAGAAAAUGGAGAUACGUGUGAGGUGGAAGUCAGACACAGGCAAAUGUGUAGAUGCCUCCCCUCUGGUUGUUAUACCAGCUGGUGAUAAUUCAUCUACAACUGUGUACAUUGGCUCACAUUCCCACAGAAUGAAGGCAGUUGACUUACGCUCUGGGAAGGUGAAAUGGGAACAGAUUUUGGGAGAUCGAAUUGAGUCAUCAGCAUGUGUUUCUAUGUGUGGAAACUUUAUUGUAGUGGGCUGUUAUAAUGGAUUAGUUUAUGUUCUGAAAAGUAAUAACGGAGAAGAGUACUGGAUAUUUACUACUGAGGACACUGUCAAAAGCUCAGCAACUGUGGACCCAAUCACAGGACUCAUUUACAUUGGAUCUCAUGACCAGCAUGCAUAUGCCUUAGAUAUUUAUAAAAAGAAGUGUGUUUGGAAGUUAAAAUGUGAAGGAACUGUCUUUUCUUCUCCUUGUUUGAACCUGAAUCCACAUCAUUUGUAUUGUGCUACCCUGGGAGGUCUCUUACUGGCUGUAAAUCCUGCUACUGGGAACACAAUUUGGAAACAUUCCUGUGAAAAACCUCUCUUCUCUUCCCCUCAGUGUUGCCGACAGUAUAUUUGUAUUGGCUGUGUUGAUGGGAAUUUACUCUGCUUUACUCACUCAGGAGAGCAGGUCUGGCAGUUCUCUACCAGCGGACCAAUCUUUUCUUCCCCUUGUACCUCAGCAUCAGAGCAAGAAAUAUUUUUUGGGUCCCACGAUUGCUUUAUCUACUGUUGUAACAUGAAAGGUCACCUUCAGUGGAAAUUUGAAACUACUUCAAGGGUGUAUGCAACACCAUUUGCUUUCCAUAGCCACAGUCCUAACAGUGAAAUGUUGCUGGCAGCAGCAUCUACUGAUGGAAAACUGUGGAUCUUGGGAUCUGAGAGUGGACAGUUACAAAGUGUAUAUGAAUUUCCUGGAGAAAUCUUCUCUUCUCCUGUCAUCUGGGAAUCAAUGCUCAUUAUUGGAUGUAGAAAUAAUUAUAUUUAUUGUUUGGAUUUACUAAGUGGCAGUCAAAAAUAAUCAAGUAUAGUUCCUGUUUGUAUUUAUACUAUCUGUAAGAUGUUCAAAAAUAUUUUAUCACAGAGCAUGCAGAUAGUCUUAUUUUAUAUUAGAGAUUGUAUUUUGGUUAAUAAAUUUGACUAUUAUAUUUUUAUAGAGAACCACCACAUUUUACUUCCUGUAGGAAUAGCAAAACUUUUAGGUGAGAACAAAACAGAUUAAUGUAUUCAAUAGUGCUUUCUUUUAGGUGUAAUGCUUAAUUUUAUGUUUUUAAAAAUUUAAGUGAAAAAAAAUAUUUAAGUGUUCUAAGAUGCUGCUAUAGUUAGAAUGCUCCACCAAAAUUCAUGUUGAAACUUUAUCCUCAUUGUGAGGUAUUAAAAGGGUAAAAACUUCA